AUGUUUGUAGGGCGUACUUUCGAAACCAAUGAAACUUUGGGGUCGACCAAAAACCUGCCUCUUCCUUUCGUUAUCUCCUUUUCUUCUAUAGAAACGAACACACUAUUUUUCUCCAUCGAAGUAUGCAGUAGAGAUAUAGGGGCGAGGGAGAAUACAAGAUAUGUCGUAAGAGAGGACAGGACUGCCCGUCAUGCUCGUAUUCGUAAGAAGGUUGAAGGAACACCAGAAAGACCAAGAUUGUGUGUUUUCCGCUCCAACAAGCAUAUUUAUGUUCAGGUGAUCGAUGAUUCAAAGAUGCAUACCCUAGCUUCAGCCUCAACUAUGCAGAAACCCAUCUCAGAAGAAUUUGACUACAGCUCUGGUCCAACUAUUGAGGUAGCAAAGAAGGUGCUAUUGCAAAGUCCUGUCUUGAAAAAGGAAUUACCAAGGUGGCUUUCGACAGAGGGGGUUACCCCUAUCAUGGACGGAUUGAAGCCCUUGUGGAUGCUGCUAGGGAGCAUGGUCUGCUGUUUUGAAACUGUGGCAAUUAGUUUUACGUAA